GACGCGAAGGAGUGGCCCAGUGCGUGACCCGGAUAUACAAUGCUUGCGUUUCCCAUGGUUCCUUCUCUUCGACUACCGCCAUAGUGGUGAACGGAUAGCGAUCUGGGAAAUGGCGUCGCAUAAGACUUUCAGAAUCAAACGCUUCCUCGCUAAGAAGCAGAAGCAGAACAGGCCGAUCCCGCAGUGGAUUAGGAUGAAAACUGGCAACAAGAUCAGAUACAACUCCAAGAGGAGACACUGGAGAAGGACCAAGCUGGGCUUGUAAACACUCGGUUUACUUCAGCUUCCCCCUCCGUCUGUUCCCUGCCAGGACCACCAACUCGUCCAGAGCUGGAGAGAAGCCAUGCUAUCUGGAACAGCAGUCUCUCUUUUGUACAGAUGUCCUUGCUGAACAAUAAAAGAUUUGUCAUCGAACCAGAA